AUGUAUUCUCCCUCCCCCCCGAGAACUGGUACUGGCAGCGGCACACAUUACGACUCUCCACGCACUUAUGACUCUGGACAUACGCUGAGCAGCUCUGUUGCGACUAAAGCUGCCCGUCUGCGUCCCCCUCGAUCCCUUCCACCCUGGAUCGAUUCUUUCGACGACAAACAAGGCUCAGUAAGUGAGGACCAACUACGACUCCUACGGCCUCCCACGCGCGCCGUUCCACCGCAACAUAACUCGUCGCCCAGCGACCCUCAAAGACGAAUUUCAAAAGAUGGUUUCGUCGAUCCACACGACCCCCUCGUCGGCCUAAGCCAGGAAACGAGGGGCAAGAUUCCUCAUUUUAUGCGUUACGGGCGCGCUUCGAUGCGUGGUAGGAAAUGGGACCAUCUGAGAUCCGCAGAGCCUGUCAUUGUGCCGGGACAUAAACCAGCCUUGACCUCGCAACCUAGUAUCGCCUGGCAAGACUUUGUGCAUUCAUCCGCUUGGGGCCGCAUGACCAACGAGGACUCCAAGGUUGAGGACAUCGAAGCCCUGCACGAUCUGCAACCAAACUUUAACACGCCAGCACGUCACCCCUACAACGCCCAAGAUGCUAAGAUAUCACGGAAGAAGAGGUCGCUUGCUCCAUACAAACGUAUAUGGUAUAUGGCUAUUCGACAUUCUCUUGCACCUUUAAUGUUCAGAUUAAGCGUCAUGGUUACCUCUAUUAUUGCCCUUGCUAUUGCGGCGAGGAUCCACCAACUUGAAGACGUCGAUAGUACCGAUUCUGCCGAGGAGACCCAGUCGGUGGUCGCCGUUGCUGUAGACUGUGUGGCCAUACCGUAUAUUGGCUACAUGAUCUGGGACGAAUACACAGGCAAGCCUCUGGGUCUACGAUCGGUGGCCUCCAAAAUAUCCUUGGUUUUGCUGGAUCUGUUUUUCAUUAUUUUCAAGUCUGCGAGCACAGCACUCGCAUUCGAGAGCCUUGUCUAUCACAACCUGUCCGAUCCCGCCGUGCGGAAUUUGUCCAAAGCUCUGGCAGCAUUUAUGCUGACAGGGUUAAUUGCCUGGUCUAUGAACUUUGCAGUCAAUAUCUUCCGUACGGUGGAGCGUCUCGGAGGAGGUGAAGAUGACGGCAUACAUGGACACAGUUAA